UAAUGAGACUCUGACUCAAAAAAAAAAAAAAAAUUAACGAAUUAAUUUUAAAAAUGACUAGGGAUGUACCUCAGGGUUAAAGAAUUCCUGGGUUUCAUCCUUUAUACUGAAGAGAAGGAAAAGGAGAAAGAAGAGAAGGAGAAGGAGAGGGGAAGGAAGAGGAAGAAGAAGAGGAGGAGGAGGGCCUGGGUAGGACUAGAAAGAGUGGGGAGAUGUACAACAAUUACAAAUGUGCCCGUGAGCUGUGGUGAGGUGGCACAGACCUAUAAUCUCAGUGCUCCAGAGGCGGAAGCAGGAGGAUCACCAUGAAUUUGAACCCAUAGUAAGUUCAAGGCCAGUCUAAACUAUAUAAUGAGACCUUAUCUAAAAAUUCAAAGGUGAGACGGUGGGAGGAGGGCAGAGAUGACCAAUGUUUAUUGCAAUCAUGUAGAUCUGGUUUCACGAGUCUUAGAUAAGUGUUGUCCAUUUCACAUAGUCAUCUUGCUUUAAACAUCAUAGGUGGAAACUGUCUACUCCUGAUUUGUGGUUUCUUGUAAGUGGAGUUUUCCAGUAAUUUAAGGAUGACUAAGUCUCUUUACUUGAGAAAAAAUUAUUCUAAGCACUAACACCCUAGAGUUUUGCUAUAGUGUUAGUGUUUAUGGUAACUGAUAUGAGUCUUUUUCAUCAGGCUCAAGAACUAUUUUUCUCUAAACUGACUUAGUUCUGAUGAAAAAUUCCAGAAUAUGAUCAAAACAGAAGAUAGUAAACUUUUUCUUAAGGUGUAACAGAAAAUUAAUACACAAGGAUAUGGUCAGUGAUUAUUCUGUAAAUAGAUAUGAAUUGAAAGAAGACUCCAUGGCUUUGGGAUUUGCACCAGAAAGUAUAUUACAGCCUGUUAUGGUGGUGCAUGCUUAUAAUCCUAGCACUCUAGGAGAUCAUGGCAGGAGGAUCACAAGUUUGAGUCAAGUUGAACUUAGCCAAACCUUAUCCCAAAAUAAAAGAGAAGAAAGCGUUGGGGAUAUAAUUCAGUGUGAAGGCCUCGGAUUCAAUGUCCAGUACAUGGAAAGGGGGCAAGAUGUAUUACAAUGGUCCCUGAUUGAAAUUGAGUUUAGAAGUAAAAUACUCUUAAAGAUAGUGACUGUACUAAUCAUUGUACACAAAGAAAAGUGUUCAUACUUAUACAUUUUUUUCAGUGAGAAGGAGCAUAAUCUAAAGGCACAGCUGGAGCUCCACUGUGAGAUUUUGCCUAGAAUUAAAGCAGAGGGCUGGAGCCCAAGCGUUUUCCCAGUCUGCGCCAUGCAAUGUCACUCUAGUGCCCUCUGCUGAUGAGCCAUAAUAUUUCACCUGCUGAUGGUGGAAAGAAAAAUUUAAGGGGCACAAAUCAGGGCAAAAACAAAAACAAACAAACAUAAAUUUGCAACAAAGUAAUAAUGUUAAAUUAAUAAAUGGUAUAUAGGAAGUUCACAGUCAUAAAAAAUGUUACUUUUUAAUGGUAAAUUCAAUAGGGUGCUCAACAGUUUUAAAUUAAUUAAAAUGUAAAAGGUCAAACAGGCCUAAUGAUUUCCAUUUCUUUUAUAAACUGAGAGAAAAAGACUUUACAUGAACUUGUGGCUGUGCUAAUAAUUUCAAAGAAAGUUUUGAAUUAUAAGGAAUCUUUAGAGUCUGGUUAUUCAGAAUGAUAAGGAAUCUUUGAAGUCUGUAUUAUUUAGAGUCUGGGGACUGAAUUUAGGACAGACAUAAGAAGAAUUGUCAAAGAUGAGAUACACACAAUAUGUAAUUUUAUUCAAAGGCAAGAAAGUUUUAUGUUACAAACAGGAUGCACAACAAUAAAUAAUAUUUUUGUAACUUAACUUCAUAAAACUAUUGAAUGUGUGUGUAUGUUAAAGACCUCAUGUGUGCAUCGUCAGUCCCUUCAGCUCCUUUUUUAAGAAUUUUUUUUGUCAAAAUGAUUCAGAAGUAUGCCAAAGGUCUAGGGCAAGGGCUCUCAACCCCUGAAGCACAAGCUGGAGCCAGUCUGUGGCCUAUUAGGAGCCAGGCUGCACAGCAGGAGACAACUAGCAGGCAAGUGAGCAAGGUUUUAUCUGUAUUUACAGUCACCUUCUAUCACCCUCACUACUACCUGAGAUUACCUCCUGUCUAUUCAGUGGCAACAUUACAUACUCACAGAAAUGGGAACUCUGUUGUGAACUGCUUAUGCAAGGGAUGGAAGCUGCAUAAUCUUCAUGUGAAUUUAGUGACUAAUGAUCUAAAGUGGAGCUGAGGUGAUGAUGCUAGCUAUGAGGAAUGGCUUCAAAUACUGUUAUAUAGAGGUUUGACUACAUGGAGACCAUAAUAAGUCAAUUGCUUAAAAAUUCAUCAAAACCCUAUUAUAAGUGGCAAAUGGCACACUUUAUAAUGGCAAAUAAGUUGAAAUCCUUCAGUUGAACAACUGCAUCUGGUGGCAGGCAUUAAGUGAGAAUCCAAUAUUUAUUUAGUCCUGCCCAUUAUUUUAUUUACCACUUCUAUCUAUGCCACUUUACUGCAUUGUACACCUGUCUCAGUCACAGUUUUAGUAAACCCACAAGCUAACCCUAGCCAAAAUGAGUAGCAAACAAUUGUCACUGGAGAGUUUCUUUGAAAAUGGGAAAAGGCCAAUGAUGAGACAGCAGAAGAAUCUAAGAUGGCCAACAAAAGGAAAGUUGCAUUUAAAAGAAAAUAGCAAGCAUUCUACUUAAACUUCAAGUUCACUGCAGCAAAUGAUUCAUUUUCUCUAUGCCUGUUUUGUAUAAUAUGUACUGAAUAGCUAUCCAACAAAGCCAUGAAACCUUCAAAACUGAUUCAUCAUGUGGAGACUAACUACUCUCCAUUACAAGACAAUGUUUUGUAGUUUUCCAAAAGAAAAAAGUAAACACAGGCUAGGGAUAUAGCUCAGUGGCACAAUGUCUUCUUGGCAAGCAUGAGGCCAUGAGUUCAAUUCCCAGUACAAAAAAAAAAAAAAAAAGAAAAGAAAAGAAAAGAAAAAGAAAAUAGUGAACACAAAGACCAUAAACAAGUAUUGAAGGCAAUCAAUUCAUCUAAUGUGUUUGUACUAUAAGCAUCAUACUGGCUAACUGAACUGCUAAACCUAAGAAGUCCAUUAAUAUUCAUGAAGAGUUGAACCUGCCUGCUGCUAAGGCUGCUUGCCAUAAACUUAGGGGAGGCUGCAAUUAAAAAGGUACUGGUGGCUGUGAGUCAGCGUCAUGCACAAGACACUGUGGGGAGAACCAGAUGCCAGCCUUUUCCCAUGUGUUGGCGCCAUUUGCAGACUGUGGGGGAGAACAAGAAGCCAACAAGAAGACAAGCCCUCCCUGUGAGUUAAUACCAUGUGCAGGCCCCUGAGGGGAGAACCACACACCAGCCCCAGAAGAGCUAAGAUCCUUCCUCUACAAGCAACCGGCUGAUCCAGAGAAACAUCGUGUGAUGAAGGCUGAUACUUAUUAAGCAGGCAAAGAAAAGGGUUGGAGGACUGAAAGCUGCGCUUCCGUUCGUCUCCGGGGACCUAACCCCACAAACACCGGGCUGGAGGGCGAGCCCCGCCGGCGUGCUUCCUGAGGAACCCGGCCCGUUUCCCAGCAACGGCGCAUGCGCCGCUUUGCUCCCAACGAAGGCGCGCUACUCCGCGGGCGGGCUCCUCCAAUCGGAGCCCGGCGUCCUCCGAACUAAAGUCCAUCUAACCUGUAAGCCAUAAACAUCUUGCACAAUUCCAGUCAUCAAUAAGGAAGUAUAUCAUCAAGAAGUAUUGGGGGGUAUUUUGAAGAGUUGGAAGACUCACCAUGAAUAUAAACACUUCAAACAGUGCCACUAGUGACACUCAAAGAUUGAAGAAUGCCUCCUCAGACGUAAAACAAAUCAUUAAAAAUGAAACAGAGUUGGAUAUUACUGCUGAUCUUAGAAAGAAACUCCAUCGAGCUAAGAAAGAAAAAUUAGAAAUGACAACUAAGCACAAUGCAGAGCUGUCAAGCUAUGAGAGCCAGAUUGCCAAGCUACGGUCUGAAGUUGAAAAAGGAGAAGCAUUGCGACAGAGUCUGGAAUAUGACCUGGCUGUUGCUAGAAAGGAAACUGGUGUUGGAAGACGGGCUGCUGAAGAAAGGUUAGCUGCGGCACAUAGGAUCCAGGAAGAACUCUAUACUCAAAAAUCAGAGCUUCAAGAAAAAGCAAAUGAGAUUGAGAGAGUAUUUCAGGCUUCCCAGCAGAAAUGGAAAGAAGAAUGUAGGAGAUUCGAACAUGACUUGGAGGAAAGAGAUACUGUAAUUCAAAAUCGUAAUCAAGAAUAUGAUUUACUUAUGAAGGAAAAAAGUAGACUAGAAAAAACUCUACAGGAAAUGUUGGAAAACCAUCAACUGGAGAAGAGUAAGAUGGAAUUGCAUGUCAGGGACACAGCACUGGAAGAGUUUAGAUUACAAGCAGAACAAUGGGACAUAGAAAGAAGAGAGUUGCAACUGAUAGUACAGGAGCAAGACAGUGCUGUACAAAGUAUGCACAAGAAAGUAGAACAAUUAGAGAGAGAACAUAUGGAGUGCUCUGACCUUUUACAAAGACAAACAAGUGAACUUGAAUUUAGUACUCAGCGAGAAGAGCGUCUUAGAAAAGAAUUUGAGGCAACUACCCUAAGAGUGAGGAAAUUAGAAGAAAACAUUGAAGUGGAAAGAGCAGCACAUUUGGAAUCAAAAUUUAAUUCUGAAAUUAUUCAGUUAAGGAUUCGAGACCUUGAAGGAGCUUUGCAAGUGGAAAAGGCCAGCCAAGCAGAAGCUGUUGCUGAUUUGGAAAUGAUCAAAAAUGAAUUCAAGGAAGUUGAAAGUGCAUAUGAACGAGAAAAGCAUAACGCACAAGAGAGCUUUGCAAAACUAAAUUUGUUGGAAAGAGAGUAUUUCUCUAAAAACAAGAAACUAAAUGAAGAGAUUGAGGAACAGAAGAAAGUAAUUAUAGAUCUUUCAAAGAGACUUCAGUAUAAUGAAAAAAGUUGCAGUGAAUUACAGGAAGAGCUUGUAAUGGCUAAGAAGCACCAGGCUUUUCUAGUAGAGACAUGUGAAAAUAAUGUGAAAGAAUUAGAAUCGAUCUUGGACAGCUUUACUGCGUCGGGCCAGUGGACAUCAGGCAUUCAGAAAGACAAGGAUAAACCUCCCAGCUUCUCUGUUGUCCUUGAGAAUUUGAGGCACACCUUGACAGAUUACCAGAGCAAGCUGGAAGAUGCAUCUAAUGAGCUAAACAGCAUGAGUGAUGCUAAGGAAAAGGCAUCUAAUGAACUUGAUUCUACCAAAAUGAAGAUUGAAUCUCAUACUAAAAAUAUAAAGGAACUUCAAGAUAAACUGGCUGAUGCCCAUAAAGAGUUAAGUCACUUACGCACUAAAUGUGCAGACCGAGAGGCUUUAAUAGGCUCUUUAAAAGUAGAACUACAAAAUGUGCUGCACUGUUGGGAGAAAGAAAAGUCACGAGCAGUCCAGUAUGAAAGUGAACUGCAGAAGCUUUCGCAGGUUUUCCAGAAGGACACUGAGGAGAAACUAACCUUCCUUCAUACUUUGUAUCAGCACUUGGUAGCAGGCUGUGUGCUCAUGAAACAACCAGAAGGCAUGUUGGAUAAAUUCUCUUGGUCUGAGCUUUGUGCAGUCUUGCAGGAGAAUGUUGAUGCCCUCAUUGCAGACCUCAACAGGGCUAAUGAGAAGGUCAACCAUCUAGAGUAUAUCUGUAAAAACAAGUCAGACACAAUGAGAGAACUUCAGCAGACCCAGGAAGAUACCUUUAACAAAGUGGCAGAACAGAUCAAAGCCCAGGAAAGCUCCUGGCACAAACAAAAGAAGGAACUGGAACUGCAGUAUUCUGAACUUUUGCUGGAGGUGCAGAAGAGGGCACAGAAAUUUCAAGAAAUUGCAGAAAAAAAUAUGGACAAAUUGAACUGCAUUGAGAAGUCACAUGAACAAUUGAUUGUUGAAAAUUCACACUUCAAAAAUAUAUUGUCAAAGACUCAAAGGGAACAAACAUCCUUGCUGGCAGCCUGUGCAUUGAUGGCUGGUGCAUUGUAUCCCCUGUAUAGCAGAUCAUGUGCCUUAUCUACACAGAGAGAUUUUCUCCAGGAGCAGGUCAACACUUUUGAAUUGUUCAAAUUGGAAAUUAGAACUUUAGCCCAAGCAUUGUCAGCAGUAGAGGAAAAGAAGCAGGAGGAAACCAAGGUGAAGAAAAAACCAUUCAAAGGAUUCAUUCGUAUAUUCCGAAGAGGUGUUAUCGCAAUUUUGGCAACCAACAGACUCAAGAUUUUGGGCCAGUCAUGUGCUUCUCUUUUUACUUGGAUGGAAAGUUUCAAAGAAGGCAUAGGCAUGCUAGUGUGUACAGGAGAGCCCAAAGACAAGCAUAAAUUUCCAAAACAUCAAAAGGAGCAGUUACGUUGCUUGCAAGCACUCAGUUGGCUUACCAGUCCUGAUCUUCUUGCUGCAAUAAUCAGUUCUAUGGCUGAGUUACAAGAAGUCAUUAGUAAAACAGAUCCAAACUCCAGAAUUUGUGGCCAUUUACUCAUAACUGCAGCCAAGAAUUCAUUUGCAAAACUGAUGGAUAAAAUUACUCUGGCAAUGGAGAGUGUACCUCUGCAUAGUAACAGGAGUAUUACAUAUGUAGAAAAAGAUUCCUUGGUUCAGAGGUUGGCCCGUGGACUUCAUAAAGUAAACACACUGGCCCUGAAAUACGGUUUUCGUGGCCAUAUUCCCAUUAUGAAAAGUACAGCAUCAAUACAAAAGCAGAUAUUUGGAUUUACACAAAGACUGCAUGCAGCAGAAGUAGAGCGUCGCUCACUGCGCAUAGAGGUUACAGAAUUCAAAAGAAAUAUAAAUGAAAUGAAAAAGGAGCUUGACAAAGCCCGGGGUCUCCAAAUACAAUUAAAUGACUGUAAGCACUCUAAAUUGAUCACCCAUGAGAAGUUUGAAAGUGCAUGUGAAGAACUAAAUAAUGCAUUACUUCGGGAACAGCAAGCACAAAUGCUAUUGAAUGAACAGGCGCAGCAACUUCAGGAGUUAAAUUAUAGACUUGAAUUGCACUCCACUGAGGAAGCUGACAAAAACCAAACUCUUGGAGAAGCUGUUAAGAGUCUCUCCGAGGCAAAGAUGGAGCUGAGAAGAAAAGAUCAAUCUCUGCGUCAGCUCAAUAGACAUCUUACCCAGCUGGAGCAGGACAAGCGUCGACUGGAGGAGAACAUCCAUGAUGCAGAGAGUGCCCUCCGCAUGGCAGCCAAAGACAAAGAAUGUGUUGCUAAUCAUAUGAGAACAGUAGAAAGUAUGCUUCAUAAGGUCAGAGAUCAGAUCUCGCUGUCACGGAGUGCAGCAAGUAGGAAUGACUUCGCCCUGCAGCUACCCAAACUGCACCUGGAGACCUUUGCAAUGGAGGGGCUCAAGGGCGGGCCAGAGGUGGUAGCAUGCCAGGCAAUGAUUAAAAGUUUCGUGGAUGUCUACCAGCUUGCAAGUGCUAGAAUUACUACAUUAGAGAAGGAAAUAACAUCUCAUCGAAGUCACAUUGCAACCUUGAAAUCAGAGCUGCACACAGCUUGUUUACGUGAAAAUGAAAGUUUACAUUCAACAGGAUCACGGGACCACUCGAAUCUCUCCAUUCCUUCAAGAGCUGCUCUCCCUGCUGACGCAGUCACUGUGGGGAAUUUUUUGCCAUUGCAAGCUGAACUUGAUACAACUUAUGAGUUCUUAAAGGAGACAUUUAUAAAAACUGCACCCCAUUCUCUAACAUCAUCUAAUUCCUCUCCAGUAACUAUGUCUGCUAAUGUCAAAGGACCAACUCAGAUUGGAUUAUGACUUUAUGAAACAAAAAUGGAAGAAGAGUUAACAGUACAAUUAAAAUUGUUUGAAGAGGGAUUUUCUUAUCAGUUGAAUUUUGUUUCAGCACAAGUGGGGGUGGAUUUUUGAAAAAAUGUACAAUAUCUUGAUAUGUGCAGGAAUCUGUCUCAAAUAACAAAAUAGCCCACUUUUUCUCUCUAAAUUUUAUUUAUUAUCACAGUUCCUCAUUUUUAUGUAACAUAUUUUUAAAUGUUAAAGAAUGACACAUUUUGGGUAAUUUCCCUCAGACUUAAAAAAAUCAAUAAGCCAUUUUAGUCUCUAUCUAUCAAAGUUGUUUCAUACUUGUCUAUUUUAAAGCAGGACUGCAAUACUUUAAUAGGAUUGAGAGAGCUAUUUGAAAUGUAUGCCAAUGAUUCCUGUCAUUUCAUGGCAGCCCUGCCAUGGUUCACUGAGCCCCUCUUCUCUCUUGUCAGCUCAACUGAAGACAAGCAUUUAGUUGCAAACUUUAAGCAGGUUGUGCAAAACAGAAAUGAUGUGACUGCUUCUCCUCCUGCACAAUAAUGUCACUCCUGGUCAAUGUGAGAAGGUCAGGUUGCUCCUUGUAAAGCUACAUGAUACCACUUGCCCAUUUGAACAAGUUAAGUUAACUGCUGAAUCUGGUCCCUGCAGGCAUUGAAAGCUCAUCCUUGUAUCAAGUCUGCAUUUGAUAAGCAAGUGGAGCAAUUGUACUGGGAGGAUUUCUGUGGUGUGUUUAGGCACUUUAUAAGGACAGUUCCCACACUAGGAUAGCAGGUAAUAUAUUUAGUAUAAACUAAAAAACUUCAAGGUAAUGGCUGUUUUGACCUUCAAAAUAGACUCCUUUUUUGUUUUUGUUGUUGGUAGGACCCAAGAGUGACGCCCAUCUUUGAUGCUGACAGAAUUUAAAACAAGGCCAUUGCCCUGCAUUUUCUGCCUUGUAGCACACAAAAGUAAAAUUGUAUGUCAGGGCGAGAUGUCGGGGAGCUGACAAGAUGCCCCAGUGACAUUUCAGCUAGAAAGAGCAAGUGUCUUGCAACCAAGUGGUCAAAUAUCAAAUAAUAGGUCAAGCAGGAAGGAACUGAGUUCUAACCACAAAGAGGUUUCUGGUAACUUACUUGACAAGCUUUUGGGCGCUUUGUGGCUUGACAAAGUGAUGUUCUGUUGGGUAUCGCUAGACAGACUGUUCUUUAUCGCCUUCAGAAGAUCAGACAUUGACAUUGAUUAAACUCUUUAACCCUUAAAGGUUAAAUCCUUGCAGUUUGCAUCAUGGUAAGUGAAGAACAAAAGAAUAUUUGUAAUAUAUAUGUGUUUUGGUUUUAAUCAUUUAACUCCCCAGUGAUAUUAACUUCUAAUGUGAACUGCAGUUUUUGACAAAGCAUUUUGUUACAAAAUCUGUAUUUUAUAUUGUUUUACGCAAUGGAGUUUACCCAUUAUGGAUGCUUUUAAAAAAUAACAGUAUAUGUUAUGGAAUCUAUAUUGUUUAUGGUAACAUUUGACUCAGAUAUAUCCAACUUCUGAGAAUUUUUUAUUGACCUUAAGAAAUUAAAUCUGUAUACUAUUUAUAUUGUUAAUCAAAUUAUCCAAAUGAUUUGUGCUGUCUGACUUAGCAUAUUAUUCUCACACUGUGUAACACAAUGCUAUGUCUUAGGUGAUGAGUCAGUAUAACUUUUGUGUGAGGCUUUUUAUGUGGAGUAAAAUUCUACUUUUAACAAAACUCUUAAUUCUUUCCUUGGAAUUCUUUUUAAUAUGACUUGUAUAAUGUAAUCUAUGAAAGUCAAUUUAAUUUAUUAUAAUACAGAGUAUGCAUUAAUUGUUUUUAUGUAGAUUAUAGAAUAAUUUCUGCACAUUCUUCUGCCAUUCUGUACAGUGAUUAAAAUAUUUCUCCAUGUGGAAACUGACAUGUUUUUUAGUUCCAUGUGAUCAUUGAGCUUCCAUCCUGGCAUUAUAGAGAAAGUAUUACCCUAUGUAACUUACAUGUCUAUGUUUGUGUAUGUAUGUUGGUGUUGAAUCUGUUUUCAGAUUCUACUAAUUUAAGAGGAAUAAUCAUCUUUGUAAAAUGUGCUUUGGACAGGCUUUGGUCUGUUUGCCUUAAUUUUACAGUCUGUUAAUGGGAUAACUAUAAAAAUAAAUGUGUAUGUCUCUCCACA